GCCCCCUAAUCGUUAAACUGCCUUCACGCAUGUUUAUAGCAUACGGGCCAAAACGUGAAUGUGUUUUGAAUUUAAUUUGCCCUUUACCACGUUCCGUUAAAAAUGGUUAAAGUAAAAAAGAAUUUAAAGAGGAAACGUGCCGAAGUUACAGAACCCAGCGAUCCAGAACCCCUGCCUGCAGUCCGGCAUUCAGAUGAACCGAUCCAGAAAAAAAGAAAAUGGACCAACAAGCAGAGAGUCUUAGUAUUUGCCUCGAGGGGAAUCAAUCACAGGGACAGACAUCUUAUGGAAGAUCUAAAAAAAUUAAUGCCUCACCAUAAACCCGAGGCCAAAAUGGAAAGAUCCAAGACCCUCAGUGUAAUAAAUGAGAUGUGCGAAAUGAAAAAUUGCAACAAAGCUAUAAUGUUUGAGGGGCGCAAGAAGCGCGACUUAUACAUGUGGCUGUCCAAUGUUCCUAAUGGACCUAGUGUUAAAUUUUUCGUCGAAAAUGUGUCAACUAUGGCAGAACUAAAACUAACAGGAAACUGUUUGAGAGGCUCCAGGCCUCUUCUGAGUUUCGACCCGACAUUUAACAAAGAGCCCCACUAUAGCCUGCUAAAAGAACUUUUAACUCAAGUAUUCGGUGUGCCAAAACAUCAUCCCAAAAGCCAGCCAUUCUUUGACCACGUUUACACCUUCACCAUUUUGGACAACAGGAUCUGGUUCAGGAACUUCCAGAUAUUGUCGGAGGACGGCGCUCUGGCCGAAAUCGGCCCGAGGUUUGUCUUAAACCCUGUUAAGAUCUUUUCGGGUAGUUUUGGUGGUCUGCCCUUAUGGGAGAAUCCCCAUUACAUGAGCCCGGCAAGGUACAGGCAACAAGUGAGGUUAGAAGCCAAAAAUAAGUAUGUUAACAGGAUACAACAAAAGGCUACAGCCGAGGCCACGAGACCUGGUGGAGAUGCGUACGAACUCACCCCCCUAGAUGAUAUAUUUAAAGAAACUACGGGAAAGAGAGCAAUCGGGCGAUAAUUAAUCUGUAAACUUCUUGUUAUUGAAAUAUAAUAAUUGUAAUAAUAAAAA